GGGCCGUCACUUUUCCACAGUGCUGAGCUUUUUUCUUGCCUCUUCGAUCAUGGCUUCUCUCUUCUUUCUCCUUCUUCUUUCGCUCAUUCUCUCUUCAGCCGAAUCGAAGACGUUCUGGGCAGAUGUGGAAGCCCUGAAAGAGUUCAAGAACUCGGUGGACGCUGACUCAGCGAGUCCUGGCUCGUGCCUCUCCUCCUGGGACUUCUCCGUCGAUCCCUGUGACAGCUUGUUCGGCGAAAGAUUCACCUGCGGGUUCCGCUGCGAUGCUGUCGCUUCCGGGUCGGGUCGGGUCACGGAGCUCAGCCUCGACCAGGCGGGUUACUCCGGCUCCCUCUCCUCCGUAUCCUUCAACCUUCCGUACCUCCAGACACUCGACCUCACCGGUAAUUACUUCUCCGGUCAACUUCCUGACUCGCUCUCGAACCUGACCCAGCUCACUCGACUCGUCCUGUCGAGAAACUCGUUCUCCGGGUCCAUACCCGGUUCGAUCGGAUCCAUCUCGGGUCUCGAGGAGCUCCUCGUCGACAACAACCGCCUCGAGGGCCCAGUUCCGGCGAGUUUCAACGGCCUCUCCGUACUGAAACGGCUCGAAAUCCAAUUCAACAACCUCUCCGGCGAAUUUCCCGAUCUGGGUUUGCUCAAAAACCUCUACUACCUCGACGCGAGCGACAACAGCUUCUCGGGUCUGAUCCCGUCUUCACUACCCGAAUCUUUGGUCCAAGUCUCCUUGCGGAACAGCUUCAUCGAAGGCACAAUUCCAGAAAGCUUAAGGCAAUUGACCUCUCUUCAAGUUCUCGACCUGAGCCACAACAGACUGAGCGGCUCUAUCCCAUCGUUCAUCUUCACCCUCUCCUCUCUCCAACAGCUGACUCUCUCCUCCAACCGAUUCACGUCCGUACAGUCACCGUACUAUUCCCCAUCAGGCCUACCGAGCGAGCUGAUAGCUGUGGAUCUCAGCAGCAACGAUAUCCAAGGGACACUGCCUCUGUUCAUGGGUCUUUUACCAAAGCUCUCUGCUUUAUCACUAGAAAACAACAAAUUCUCGGGAAUGAUUCCGACCCAGUACGUGUGGAAAACGGUCUCGCCCGGAUCCGAUCUCGCCGCGUUCGAGAGGCUUCUCCUGGGAGGGAAUUUCCUUUUCGGAGCCAUUCCGGGUCCGUUAAUGGAGCUUAAACCAGGGUCGGCCAAUGUACAGCUCGCCGGUAACUGCUUGUUCUGGUGUCCCUCCACCUUUUUCUUCUGCCAAGGCCGCGAUCAGAGGCCUUUAGCGGAGUGCAGAAAGUUUGGAGGUGUAAGCCCUUGACUAAUUGUGAUUAAUUUCGUCAUUAGUAGUAAUCAGCCCUUUUUUGAAUCUGUCUUUUCGAAUAUGUGAUGAUGGGUUGUGUCGUGUUUAACAUGUUUUUUUGUGCCUUCCUUGAGUGUCGCAUGUAGAAUCGCUUAGCCAUCUAAUUCCUCGAAAGGAAUGUCGCGAUUAAUCAAUAAUAAUUAUUCGGGUUUUUUCUUA